CACUGCGAUUGGUGUCCUCUCUCCUAGUCUGCCGUUCAAACCUUGGCCUGCCUAGCUAGUGCCAAGCCGAUUCCCAAAGUGAGUGGCGAACGUGUCGAAUUUGCCGCCGACACCGCGACCUGCUCAGCUCAGUUGUGUUCGACCAUUCAACCAGAACGGUUCACUUUGGAGAGUUUGCUUUGGAGAGUUGCGUGCGAGUGAUUCCAGAGUGCGGUGUGGAGUGUGGCGGCUACGGAGGAGUGUCAACCCCUCUCUCCACGGAUCUCCGGGGGGAGGUCAAGCGCGGUUUGAUCGCGUGGUGUUGUUCUACGGUUGAGGCCUGAAUCAGCUGGUGACGGUAACGGAUUUACGGUUUUGUGGGGUACUAAGCCAGCAGGACAACAACACCCGCUGGACACGGAUCUCUGUGGCGGAAACUGGUUUGCGCCGUCGGUUUGUUGUGCGCGUUAAAGUGUUUUAACAGGACUGUAAAAAAAAGUUUAAUGUGGUUCAAAUUAAAGUUCAUUAAAAAUUAAUAGCCCACGCGAGGUGGUUCGCGGCGAAAACUCGUUCGCCGAUGGCUUAAACUCGACUUUCGCUCACAUGUGUGUGACCGGUGAAGGAGCGCGCUGUUCUAUUGCUUGUCGCGCUGUUGUACACAUGUACACGACGUACAGCAUGCAGCAUAAAAACUGGCUCCGCUAGGCUGGGGUGUUCGCAGCAUGGCUCGCGAAAAUAAAAGUCUCGACAUUAUGCAAUCGGGGGUCUCCCUGCGGUGUUGUUGAACUGAACCCCACCUGGAGAUGCUAGCCGGCAUUGCCGGUUGAGAGCGCGGAUCUGGAGGCAGGCUGCUCCGUACACACGGGGUACAAGGUGUUGCUGAACAGCAAGAAGCAGUUUAUAAAUUUCGUCAACGACAAAACGGCGAGCCGCGCUAGGUCGUCGCGUAAAGAAUCGUGAAAAAUGGGUUAAGUGGCAGAAGAAACAACAACGGCGACACGAGUGAAAUGAAGCAUAAAUAAGCUGACGAGAGGAAGAGCAAUCGACCCGCAAUCGGUUUCGAAGGGGGUGGUGGUGGAGAAGAAGAAGUCGAAGAAGCAUAAAAAUAAAGUUCAACGACGACGACAAAACGACGACUAAAGGAGUUUUUCGGCGAAUUACAUGAAUGAAUGAGCGCGGAUGAAUAAUAAAUAAACUUACGAGCAAGUUACGAGCAAGAGAGGAGAGAGAGGGGGCAAGUCACGAUAAAGUGAAGUGAAAAGCAUGCUUCGGGGAGUCGUUGAGAAGAAGAGGUGAGAGCUAUAAUUGUACAUAAAUUUAUGCAAAUAAUCGUGUGUCAUUUUGGGCGAGUUUUGCGAGUGCUUGUAUGAGCAAAAAAAAAGCGCAUCGAAUCGCUGGAAGUCUCAAGUCAACGACUACGAAACGAAUCCGAAACGCCAAGAAAAACCCGUUCAAAUUCGGUCUUGUACUAAGAAGUGAGUUCGGAGUGCGUUGGUACGCGGGGGUGGUUGAGCAGAUCACGAAACGUGAGAUAAAUGAUGAUUGAAGUGCCGUGGGAGAAGGUGCCGAAGUGAAUUAAUGCUGACAGAUGCAGACAGCAUGGAGUGAGGUUUUGCGGUGAAGCUCAGCAUCCGAAGCAGAUGCAGAAGUGCAGUGCAGUGUGUGGUAGGUUGCAACAGCAGCAGCAGGUGUAACAAGUUUCGAAGAACCGAAGAACGGUGAAGUUGAAUCCGUGGCAAGGUGGCAAUUGAUGGGAGCUGUUUGUUUUGGCGGUGUUGGCGAUUAGUCAAUUAAGACAAGGUACCAGCGAUUACUGCAAAACAUCACUUUAAUUGGAACGAUCAUUUAGCGCGUACCCAGCGGCCAGCCAGCGGUAGACGACUCACGCACGCGUCGCGGCCGCACAGUUGGACCUCGCUCUCGCAAGAAGGAGCUCCCCCGCCGGGGGUCGUCGUCGGCGUAGAUCUGUGGUGGUGACGGCGGGACGCGGCGAGGAGGAAGUAUGAGAAUAAAAUUUCGCCGCGUUUUAUGGCCGCGUCCCAUCAGUAGUCGAAGCCGAAGAAGUGCUGCCAGCCGUGGUCAGUGGUGCCGUUUAGUGUACAUUUAUAACAAGUGAUUUCGGGGUUUGGGGUUUUUGUUCUAAGGAAGAAAGGAAGGAAAAGGGUUUAGUGUGUGUUUGUGUGCGGGGAAGGGGAAGAUGGCAGUCCAGCAGUUCACCAACCACCUGACGAUGAAGGGCCACGUGGUGCUGGUGUUGCUGGUGCUGCUGCUGUUUCAAAGUUGCGCCCGGACAGCACUGCAACGGCAGGGAGCGCUGGGAGCCCUGGUGAGUCCUACGUUUCAGACCACCAGCCAGACCAAGAUGAUGCUGAAGGAGACCCUGUUCAUUCCGUCGUCCGACCCGGAGAAGGAAGCCAAGGCCAUGUACGAGAAGGCGUUGCAGCAGUACGGCAUCGUCGGACGCACCCUCAAGGAGAUCUGCAAGCCCUGGCAGGUCCGCGGUUGCCAGUGUGCCGGCUCGUCCGAGGAGGUGGCCCUGACCUGCCGGGGCAUCGGGCUGGAGGCGAUCCCGGUCAACCUUCCCACGGAACUCGUUAAACUUGACAUCAGCAGCAACAACAUCUCUAGUUUACCAAAUAAAUCGUUCGACACGCUACCAAAUCUGGAGGAGCUCAUCCUCUCCAACAACCAGAUCGAACAAAUCGACAGCGAAGCCUUCUACGGGCUGUCGAGCCUCAAAAAGCUGGUGCUGCAAAAUUGCGCCCUCACGCGAAUCCCAUCCGAUGCCCUGCGCCGGAUUCGCACCCUCGCCGCCCUCCACUUGGACAGCAAUCUGAUUGCCGACGUGGAGAACGUAACCUUUCGUGGGUUCAACUAUCUGAAGAGUUUGAGACUGGAAGGCAAUCUGCUGCAACGGAUCCCGACGGAGGCGUUGAUCGGAUUGAGAUCACUAGAAGCUUUAAAUUUAGGAAGUAAUUUAUUAACUACUAUUAAGGCAGGAGAUUUUCCACUUUUGGAGAAUCUUCAUAUUUUAUUAGUGAAGAGAAAUCAAAUAAGUGAAAUCACUUCCGGUGCUUUAACCAAUUUAACUCGUUUAAAAGUUUUAGAGUUAGAUGAUAAUGUGUUAAGUUCAGUGCCUGUUGGCUUGGAGAAUCUCGUGAUGCUGCAAGAACUGUCAGCAUCCGGCAACCGCAUCCGAUGGAUCUCGAAGGAUGAUUUCCCGAAAAGUCUAGUCACAUUGGAGCUCAGGUCCAAUCCGCUGGUUGGCAUCAAGCCAGGCGCGCUGCAGAACAUGCCCCGGCUCCGGAAGUUAAUUCUUUCGGACGUCCGGGGACUCCAGGAACUACCUCCGCUAGAUGGCUGCACUUCGCUGGAAGUGCUGCGGAUCGAUCGAGCCAACCUAACCAAACUACCUGACCAUAUGUGUAAGACUUCGCCGCGCUUAAGGAGUUUAGACUUGAAAUCCAAUAGAUUGAAAAGCAUUCCAAAUGUGACAAACUGCCGUGAUUUAAGAGUGUUAGAUUUAGCCGGAAAUAGCAUAAGCUCCCUCCACGGGGCCCCCUUCUCUAGUCUUGGCCAGCUGCACGACCUGCUGCUCUCGGACAACGAAAUCGAAUCGAUUCCCCACGACGCAUUCAUCGGACUGUUCCGGUUGCAAGUACUAGACUUGGAAGCGAACCAGAUUUACUUUAUCCACCAGGACGCCUUCAGGCCACUGCUCAAGCUGGAAGAUUUAAACCUUGGCAACAACAUCUUCCCCCACCUGCCGACGGCAGGCCUCGGCCGGUUGCUGCACCUGAAGACGUUCAACAAUCCGAACCUGCGCGAGUUCCCCCCGCCGGAGUCCUUCCCGCGGAUCCAAACGCUAGCGCUUUCGUACGCGUACCACUGCUGUUCCUUUCUGCCGCUGGUGGCCAGUAUGCCCAAAGUUCCUAAACAUCACCCCAUCAAGGAGGAGGUGCUCUUCCCGACUGACAACGAGUUCGACAUGAGCCUGUGGAACAACAGCUACAACGACAUCUGGCCGCAGCUGCAAAACCUCAGCAAAAAGUUCGGCACCCAAAUCAACGACCUGCUGCACGCUUACGGUCCCGAGUACUACCCGGGUGGACUUCCGACCUAUCCGGAGGAGUACUUUGAAGAAGAGGGCGGUGUGACGCACGCAAUGCCCACGUCCCAGCCGGGCAGCGUCCAGUGUCUGCCGGAACCGGGCCCGUUCAUGCCCUGUCAGGAUCUGUUCGACUGGUGGACGUUGCGGUGCGGUGUGUGGGUGGUUUUUCUGCUUGCGAUGCUGGGCAACGGGACGGUAGUGUUUGUGUUGAUAUUUUCCCGCUCGAAGAUGGAUGUUCCGCGCUUUCUGGUGUGCAAUUUGGCCGCGGCGGACUUCUUUAUGGGGAUCUAUUUGGGGUUUUUGGCGGUGGUUGAUGCAUCCACGUUGGGUGAGUUUCGGAUGUACGCGAUUCCGUGGCAGAUGAGCGCCGGCUGUAAGUUGUCGGGAUUUUUGGCGGUUUUGUCGUCGGAACUGUCCGUCUAUACGCUGGCCGUGAUUACGCUGGAGCGGAACUACGCCAUAACGCACGCAAUGCACUUGAACAAGCGACUGUCGUUGAGGCACGCUGGGUACAUUAUGACCGUUGGGUGGACGUUUGCCAUCACGAUGGCCAUCUUGCCACUGUUUGGCGUGUCGGAUUACCGCGUGUUCGCCGUGUGUCUACCGUUCGAGAUCAACAACGGAACGGGCAGCCUGGCGUACGUCGUCUUCCUCAUGUUCAUCAACGGGGUGGCGUUCCUCAUCCUUAUGGGAUGUUACCUGAAGAUGUACUGCGCAAUCCGCGGGUCCCAAGCGUGGAACUCAAACGAUUCUCGAAUAGCUAAGCGAAUGGCCCUGCUAGUCUUCACCGACUUUAUCUGCUGGUCACCGAUCGCGUUCUUCUCUCUAACGGCCGUCUUCGGGCUGCACCUCAUCUCUCUAGAACAAGCCAAAGUAUUUACCGUGUUCGUACUACCUCUCAACUCGUGCUGCAACCCCUUUUUGUACGCCAUCCUUACCAAACAGUUCAAGAAAGACUGCGUCCUCAUCUGCAAGGCGAUCGAAGAGUCUCGAGUCACUCGAGGAAUCGGACGCUGCCGUCACAGCUCCAACUUCAGCAACCGCCACACCCCAGCCAACACCAACUCCCUCGUUGAACGGUCAUCCCGUGAACUUCCUCCCCUGCUCCCAGGCCAAACGUGCAACUGCUCGGCCAAGCUCAUGGAGCAGGAGAACCUGCGCCGAAGGUUCCACCAGCAACACCAGCAGAGUACCUUCUCCAAAACGUGGCGUCGACUGUUCUGCAACCUCGGCCAACGCAACGACGGUCGCCGCGGUGGUCGCAACAGCGAUCAGUACGCGUACCAAAUAGCCGAGAUCCAACAAAAGCAACACAAACGAACCGGUUCCGUGUCCUCCAGCGAGAACUUCAGCUCGUCCCGGUCCGACUCGUGGCGGCAUGCUCAGCACCACUGCGGAAUCCCACUCCGCCUGCUGGACCCACGCCGCCGGCACACGUCCUGGUUGAUCACGCGCAAAACUUCGCAGGACUCGAAUCUGUCCAGCUCGCGGAACGACUCGUCCGGCUCCACUGCGACGCAGAGCACCGGCACGUGGAGGAUAUCGCGGUCCAGCGCGAGCAACUCGGUGGUGCUGCCCGGGGUCAAGAUCGACGGGCCGCAUCCGCAUUCACACCCACAUCACGCAAGUGGCGCCCGCCAGUCUAUCCCGGGCGGCAAGCCGCGCCUGGUGCGCCAAUCCGCCGUCCAAGCGGACGACUGCCAGGAGCUGUCCUGCUCACCCCCGCGGCUGGGAGUUCGCUUCCUGCCCACCAUCCCGUCGGCCGCCGAUUCCAGCAUCCAGCUGGACGAUGACACCGCCGAGGCUCACUCCAGUCCGGGCUCCAGCAGUGGCGGCGGUGGUGGUGGCAUUGGCGACGAUGAUCACCACGUGGUGGACAUGCACUCGGUGGCGAACGUGGUGGCCGCCACGGCAGCGGCAUCCGUCACGGCUGGUGAAAUGGGUGGCGGUGGUGGAAGUCUGCCGUCUCCGGCACCGUUCUACGCCAUCCUGCACGGUGGCAAUCCUCAGGCGACCGUUUCUAGUCUCAAAGAUAAAACCAAGCCGCCGUGAGCGGCGAGCGGGGAGCCGCUGUAGGGUUGUUAGCUGGUGCAGUAUUAAUCUCUUCCUCACUCCUUGUUUAGGACACUCUCAUAAAGUGCUUAGUCAGUAGCCGGUAAUUAGUCAGAAAGAUUUGCGUAUUUAAUUUACUUCUCAGUUGGUCGCCAAAGCGGGGAAAAGCCAGUCAGUAGGGUUUCUGUAUGGAUAUAUCAAAAACACUUUUUGUAACGGAAUCAAAUCGCUCAACAUUUAUGUUCCCUGUGGCACACAAAAAUAUCCAAGUAUAUGACGAUGUUCAAUCAAAAAAACUAUGUAUAUAUUUUAUAACAACUGUGUACUUAUGGUAAGAGAAAUGCGAAACAGUGUGAUACUUAAAUGAAGAAUACUUUAUAUCGAUUAGACUAUUUGUAAUAAUUUAUUUCAAAUGUACGCUAGGGUAGAUAAUGACACACAAACACGCAAGAAAUGGGCAUUUAUAUCAACUCAUCAUGAAAAAUAAGCUAUACUGCUCCGGGAAAGCUUGAAAAUAAAUUUAUAUUGGUAAAAAAGUUUUUAGAUACUGAGCGAAAUCGAUCGACCAUCGAUUAUUUUUUUAAGAUUUGAUAAAACUUUGUGCAAGCAAGGGAAUUCCUGCAUGAUAUUUCGUCAUUUUCAAAAUAAUUAAAUCAAUUAUUAAAUUUAUACACAAAAAUCAUGAUGCAAAAAAAAACACUAUUAUUGGAGCUAUUUUCAUGUUUGAGGGAAUUUUAAGGAUCCAACAUCUAAUGGUACGUUCGAUUCAAAUGUUUUAAAUUUCCUCACAUGUGGUCUAAAAAUAAUGCAAUAUAUGCCGAUUUGAAGGAAAAAAGACAGUUAUGGAUUAUCGUUAGGGAGAAUAAAAAAAAGUUUUUUCAGCCAC